AUGAAGAUGUUCGAGAUCCAAAUUGGGCAAAUAGGCACUGCCAUCAGCAAUCUGCACCAGUCAGGAAAAUUUCCAAGCAAUACCAAGGUGAACCCGAAUGAGCAGUGCAUGGCUAUUGGGUUGAAAAGUGCAGCCACAUCUGAAGGCAACCAUGGAUCUCGUGAGAUGGGGGAUGAGUCAAAGCAAAACCACGAGGGGAGUCGACGAGUCCCACCUCCAUAUCAUCCCCCCUGGUAUCCCAUGUCGUUUCCCCAACGUCAUUACAAGAUCGUCGAUUUGCCGAGCGGGACUACACAAGAAUGGCCCAAGAUGCCCGAGGAUGAGAGCGCACCGCCGGUUGUGGAGGAAAAAGAUGAGGAGGUCACUGUUGAGCGCCAUCAGAAAGAGAGGAUGAAAGAGCGGCUCUCUAAAUUUUUAGAGAUUUUCAAAAAGGUGAAUAUCAACAUACCGUUGGUGGAGAUGUCACAGGAGAUGCUGCAAUAUGCCAAAUUCCUCAAGGACAUAGUCUCGCGCAAGAAGAAGUUGGGGGAGUUUGAGACCGAGAAGCUCAAUGAAGAAUGCAGCGCGAUUUUGCAAAGGAAGCUGCCAGCGAAGAUCAAGGAUCCGGGCAGUUUCACUAUUUCCUGCAUUAUUGGAGGCCAGCAUUUUGGGAGGUCACUUUGCGAUUUGGGGGCGAGUAUCAAUCUCAUGUCUUUAUCUGUAUUUCAGCAGCUGGCAAUUGGGGAGUUGAAGCCUACAUCUAUGAGGCUGCAGAUGGCAGAUAGUUCGGUCACUUAUCCACGUGGAAUUGUGGAGGACGUGCUUGUGAAGGUGGGGGAUUUUAUUUUCCUUGCCGAUUUUGUAGUUUUAGACAUUGAGGAUGACAACAAAAUUUUGAUGAUUUUGAGGCACCCGUUCCUUGCAAUGGGAAGAGCUUUGAUUGAUGUGGAGAAAGGAGAGCUCACGCUGCGAGUUCAUGAUGAAAGCCAAAUGUUCUUUGUUUAUAAACCAUGCCGCAUCUAUAAGGACGAAGUGCCCAAGAAAGCUAAAGAUCCGGGAAAGGUGAUCAGAAUACUAAGGGAGAAGGCAUGGCUGACAAGAUUGGAACAGAGCGCAGCUGGAUGCAGCAUAGCUUGUACCAGCCUCCUUGAAGAGUCUGCUGUUCUGUCAAGUUAA